AAUGAUCAAAAGUUUAUAUUAAAGACCCUCAAAUGAGAAAGUAAUUGAAAUAGAAAUAGGUUAAUAAACGAAACUUUAAACUCUCUGUGUAAUUUAUAACAAUUAAGGGGAAGUAAUCUACGAAAUGCAUGGUAAACAAUUAAGAAAGUAAUGGCAUAAUAUAUAAUAAAGAAUGAAUGAUAUAAAUGCUUAAAUAUUUAAGAAUAUUGAGCAGAUCCAAAAUCUGGAAUGGAAAGGAGACCUUAAAGAUUCUAUAAAAUAAAUUGGUGAAUGGAAGGCUUUUUGGUAGAACAGUCCCUUGUAUCAAAGAGUUAUGUAUAAUACGAAUGGACGAAAAGAAGGACUUUGCCAUGAAGUAUUUAGCAGUUUUACCAAGUUAUUAAUUUGAAUCUAUAAAGUAGGCAAAAUUAUCUCGUUGAAUCUGGAAUAUAUAAGGAUGGUAUAAGAGUUGGAAAAUGGAUGACUAAUAAGUUUCUAUGGAUAGGUUAAUCCUACGUCGGUUAACAGCUUCUGUAAGAAUAUAAACUAAAUAAAUAGGAAUAAAGGAAUAUAUAAUGGUAAAGGAUAAAAAAUUAGACGAUGGAUUGAAUUGCAUCCGGAGUUUUCUAAGUAUUCAUAUUCUCUAUACUAAGAAACCUUUUACUUAUUUAUAAGGGAAGAUAUUUUGAUGAUGUUAAGAAUGGUAUUUGGUGGACAAAAUUUAAGUAUUUCUCUGAAAAUUCCUACAGUACAAUGUAAUUAAAUAAUCUAUUUGUAGAGGUGGAGGAACUUAUGUAAACGGUUUGAAAAAUGGAUAUUGGAUAGAUACUUGUCAAUAUUUCAAUAAGUAUUUAUUGUAAUAGAAUUUUUAGUUUAAUGUAAUUUCUUGAAUCUGGUACUUAUAAUCAAGGAGUAAGGACGGGUAUUUGGACAAUCAAGAACAAUGGAAAGAACCUAGAAAAAUUGCAUUUGUAUUAUUAUAGAUUGAUAUUAUAGCCCAAAUAUGAUUUAUGAUGAGAAUGGUCAGAAAUAAGGAAUCUGGAUGGAAAUUUCUAAAUAUUUAAUUUAAUCAGAAAAACUUGUGACUUUUAUAGUGUUGUAAGGAUGUUAUGUGGAUGGUGAGAAAGAUGAAUAUUGGGAUAUCCUCCUUUUCAUAAAUAACUAAAUUAGAUAAAAGUAAAAUCUAUGUUUAACUAAAUAGAGGAGGCGGCCGAUAUAAUUAAGGAAAGAAGGUCGGAAAAUGGAAGGAAUUAGAACUACAAAACGAUUAGUAAGUUAAUUGUAAUAAUUUAGAUUUUGGAGAAUUGAAUAAGGAGAAUACAAAGAUGGAAAAAAGUAUGGAUUAUGGGAAUCAUUUCCACUCAAUUAUAGAAGAAAUUGGGACACUAAUACUUCUAGUUCCAUCAAUACAGAAUUAUUUCCUACGAGGUUCUUAAGUAGUCUCUAUUAUUAGAAUAAUUGGAACAUUUAAUUAGAAUGGGAAGGAAGAGGGAUGUUGGAUGUAUUUAAAUGAAACUGAUCAAUACAAUAAAUUUAAUUGUUUGAACUUAUAAAGAGUUGAAUUUAUAAAUGGAAUAAAAAAGAUAAAUUACUAAAAGACAUUUUGA